AUGUUACAGACAAAGGGCGUGGUUAGAAGGAGAGGACUUUUGCGGACCGGAAUCCAGUCACUCGUUAGAAUUUUCACAUCGAUUCCGCACGUUGAAUGAACAUAUACUUCUGGCUCUAUAUAGCCAUAUUACCUGUCUUCGUCGCCUCCAAGGCAAUCGAGACUGCGCCAGCCGCCGUCGUCGGCACGGCCUCGGCUGAGGUUGGCUUCGAGUUGUUUUGCAGUCUUUGAAGGGAAAUAGUUUACUUCAUCAUUUUUUUCAAAAAUCGUCAUUUUUUUCUUCAAAUUUUUUUCUCUUUAUUCAAAAAUAGUUUUUAUCUGAGUAAAGACUGCACAAAAAAAGCUUGAAAUAAUAAAAAAAUCUGACAAGAGAAAAAAAUUAGAUCGAGUCUAAAUUCUUUUGAUGUUUACUGAUGAAUAAAAAAAAUAUAAGUCAAAAAAAUAAAUAGGAUUCCUCUUCUGAAAUAAGGUAUAUUUGAAUAUGUGAAAAUUGAUAAAAAAACCCUGAAAAAAAUUCUCUUCAGCCGAAGAGCCCCUGAGAUUCUUCAAGCAGUAACGAGUGCACCUGUAAUUAAGUUAAAUGACGAACACGCACGUGGAAAAAAUGUCAUCGUCUCCGGAAUUCGUCUCGAAACAAAUGAGAUCGACGACUUCUUGGGCUUCAAUGAGUAAAAAGAUAAUUCGAUACAAAUUAUAAUUUGUUUCUUCUCAGAAGAGGCAACAGUUACAUUAAACCGGAAACGGAAGUUAAGGUUAUUUUCUACGGAUUCGGAUUUACUGAUGUAGUAGCGGUAAGGGCAUCGUUUUUAAAAUCACACGGGUGUUUUUUUAAGGUGAGUUUCACUAGGAACGGGUCCUGCAACGACGGAGAGCACAUCUAUGAAUCAAACUUUUUCAUAAAGACUCCGACCCGAUUUGUCGUGACGACCAAGUUCGAAGAGUAAGUUGACUAUUUUUAUGAAAGGUUCAAGAAUAGUUUGUAGUUUUACAGGAAUUCUAAUGAACUUAAUGAAAUUUGCUCUGUGCUCACAAUUCUCUUCUUUCAUAAUCAUUUUUUUCUUGUUCAUUUAUAAAAAAAACCUAAAUUAUCAACUUUCAAGCAAGAUAUUUUUAGAAUCUGUAAAAAAAUCUGGACUUUCAGAGAUGAUGGGCGCAUGUUCAGUCCGUGUAUCGCUGAACGUCCUGCUGCAGGCCAGAAGGCUGUUUUCACAGUUCAGAACAACGCUCACAUGUUGAUUUCUACCCAAAUACCAGAAAAAAUUUAUUAUUUCCCGCUCCCCAUCCAAGUGAGAAGCUGAGGGGGAUAUUCAUAUUGAAAGAGAUUUUUAGGUGACAAUGAUCAGCUUUCUUUUGAUUUUGUCCGGACUUUUUUCCGGUCUCAACCUUGGAUUGAUGUCUUUGAGUCUCACCGAACUGCAACUUAUUUCGAAAGCUGGUUGGUUAUUGGAUUCAUUUGAAUUUAGAAAGGAUCUUUUUUGGAGGUCCUCCAAAAACUAAAAAAAAACUGUAGCAAGAUUAAAAUUGGUUUCAGGAUCUUCCAGAGAAGCCAAGUUUGCCGAGGCUAUCAUUCCGAUCAGGAAAAAGGGCAACUUCCUUCUGUGUUCUCUUCUUCUGGGUUGGUAUUUUCUUCUAUUUUCUCCCAAAGUUUUCAUAUUCAUCCUAUUUUUGAAGCUGACUUUUACAGGCAACGUCAUUGUGAACAGUGCGAUUUCCAUUCUUCUGGACAAUAUCACGGGAUCCGGAGGCGUUGCCUUGAUCUGUUCUUCUGUCGCUAUUGUGAUCGUUGGAGAAAUCUUUCCGCAAGCCCUUUGUGUCAAGUUAGUUUCCACUAAAAUUUCUCUUCCAAUGGAAAAUUGCAGAAAAGGAUUAGAAGUUGGAGCGAAGACAAUUUGGAUCACGAGGUGUUUCAUGGCUUUCACGGCAGUUGCUUCAUACCCAAUCUCAUUGGUUUGUUUUUAUUUUUUAUUUUUUUUGUGGUAAAGUUUUCGAUCUGGGAAUAGUUGCCAGCGCGGUUACUAUACAGUUUUUUGAACUAAUUUUCUCAGAAUUUUACGUCGAAAAAUUUUUUUAGAGAAAAAUAGAAUGACUUCAGGCACACCGUUAGUAAAAAAAGAAAGGUCAGAGAAUGAGCGUAAAACUGUUGCCUAUGAAGAGAUAUACUUAAGAUUACGAAAAAAAUCCCACUUCGUUAAAGAAAAAAAGUCAAUACAAAGACUCAAUAAAUUGGAUUUGAAUCCGAAAAAAAAAAAUUUGCAGCUCUAUGGAAAAAGGAUUAUUCGUUGUCAUUCUCUUUUUUUGACGAUUUUAAAUUUUUCUGCUGCUUACACAAUUUUCAUAAUCCCAGGAACUACCAACAAAAAUGAAGUUGUGAAAUAAUUGCUAUGUAAAAUUCCCUCCCAAGGAAAAUGUGUGAGAAGAGCAUAGCAGAUCUGGUGCAAACCUCUGAUUUCGAUGCCUGUAGUAUGACAAAAAAAACUACCUUAUUUCCCUUUCAAACUUUGCUCUUAUGUCUUACAAAUGUUUUAAUUUUUACUUACAGUUGCUCGAUCUGAUACUCGGAGAAGAAGUUACCUCUUUCGAUCGGAAACGUUUGGUCGAGCUCAUCAAACUGCAAAACGGCGUGAGUUUUGUUUUGGAUAGCCAACUUCCGAAACUAUUUUUAAUCUCGUUUGCAGAGUGGAAAGCCUGGGGAUGGAGAACUACUUCGCGAUGAGUUCAGAAUCGCGUUGGGAGCUUUGGAAAUCUGGGACAAGACGGUUUCUGACGUCAUGACCAAGAUCGAAGUGAAGACUUUUUGACGUUCAUCAGCAAAAUAUUUUUUCAGGACGUCUUCAUGCUUCCCACGUCUGCAAGACUUAACACUAAGCUUGUUGCGGAAAUUCUCAGGAUGGGCUACACUCGAAUUCCUAUUUAUGAGCGUGAGUUUAAGGGAAGUUUCCCAUCAAUAAAAAGGCACAAUCAUUGCUCUUAAAAAUAGAGCACGUAAAAAAUCGCUUUUAUAAAGGGAGUACAUUGUUUGAAAAACCUCAUGAAGAGAUUGACGAGUCUUCUUCGAUAUGAAAGAAUGAACAAAAACGUUUGAAAUGAUCAUUCAUUCAGAGAUAAUUUUGAAGGUUUUCAUAGAUCAAAAUCUGAAAAAUCUGUUUAGCUUGAAAGCUACAAACGUGUAAAAUUUUUAAUGGCCAAUUGGCAGGUUUUUCGCUUAGACUCUGUUCAAAUGGCGUAACUUUAAAGCUUCCGCUCAUAAAGAAGGAAAAAAUGACCUCUUCGGAAUCUUGAUUUUAUAAUUUUCUAUCAAAACACCAACGAAUGAAACAGUAAUAUCAACCAGCGCUCUCAUUCAAUUUUUUCCAUCCAUCAAACUUUAAAAAAUGUUCAAAAUCUGUAACACAUAGACAUGAAAACCAAUAGGAACUCAUGAAUGCAUUACAGACGAUCGAAACAACGUCGUGUCGUUGCUUUUCGUCAAGGAUCUAGCGCUUUUGGACCCCGAAGAUAACGUUUCCGUAAGCACCGUCUGCAAUUUCCACCAGCACAUGGUUCGAUUUGUGACGGAAGACACGCCUCUGCGUUUCUUGUUGGACGAAUUCAAAAAGGUAUUUUUUUUCAGGGAUCGAGUUGCAAAGAACACGGUUAGAGGUUGAAUUGAGAAAAAGUCCAUUCACUUAUCGGUGGGGGUUUUCAAAAGACCAAUAAAACAUACAUAUAGCAUUGAACGCUUUUUUCAAAUGGAGAUCUUGUGUUUUGAUAAUCGCAGAAUCAUUAUUCACGUUAUCAAAACUCAGACCAAAUACUAUAUUUGCUUUCUUCUCCUAAUUGCGGAUUCCAUUUUUUCAAUCUUCAAAAAAAAACGCGUAGAUCAUCCAGUUGCGCCAACCUUCAAUUGUAGAUCAUGAAUUGUUGAGAAAAAAUCCGUUUAUAUUUUAAGGACUCAUUUUAACAGAAACAAAAACUUUUGCCGCUGUACAGGCUAGCUAAAAGCUUGACGAACUAAAAGUCCAAACGUGUAGUUGUUCAAGUUGAAAGCAUGGUCGUACGGUACUUCGCCUGGUCUCUCUGCGUAGUUUAUAAAGCCAGCCAUGAUGAACCCUAAAUGCAGUGAAUCUUGUGCUGGAGACCGAGUUUUAGGUGAAGCCCUCAAAAUAAGAGAAGUAUCAACUCAAAUCGCAUGAAUAACGGAAGAAAACUAAUUCAUUGAAUUUUGAGGGCGACUACCACUUGGCGAUGGUCCACAAGCUCGUCUAUGCUGAUGACGCCGAUCCCUCCUACGAACUCGUCGGUCUCAUAACCCUCGAAGAUAUCUUCGAGGAAAUUCUUCAAGUCCGUUUUUCCGUCAAUCCCUUUGAGAAUUCACUCAUCGUUCCUCCACUAGAAUGACGUUUCAGCUGUCAGUGAAAAAAAGUUUUAGAACGCUUUGUUCUCAGAUUAGAAUUUUUUUCAUCGAAGUCCGUCAAUCUUCAAUCCAUCUACAAUUUUUUCCUCAAAAGUUCAGCUGAGCUCUCAAUUUUUAUAACUCUCGUGGGAGUCUCGGAGCACAACAUUGAAUGUCUGCCAUUAUUAUGGAUGAGGCUGACUUGAAAUGCCCAUUUUUAUUCAUAGAUUCGUAGAAAAUUUCCGCGUGGAAAAGGUUUUAGGCAAAUUUUUUGGAGGAUUCAUCACUAUCAAGAAGAAAAAUUUCGUCUGCUUGUGUUGAAAAUUAGCCAAAACGCUUGAAUGGAGCAUCUAGAAACAAAUCUGAAUCUCUCAACCAGCUCAUUUUUUGAGAGAAUCAUAACUAGAUGAAAAAAAAACAUUUGAGAGCUUUGAAAUUUGAAAUUUUUUUGAUACUCCUCUGAAACAUCACAGAGUGUCAAAUGAAUUCUCGAAGCAUUUCUAAAAUGUUUGUGUACUUUUUGAUAAUUUUCGGGUUCAUUUCGUGAAACCCGUGCUAGAAACAUGUUAUCAGACUCUGAAAGGAAGCUUUUAGCGGAUAAUCGUAGGUUGCACGGCCCUCAGAGUACAGAAAUCAGAGAUUAUAACAAUUACUUGAAGGAAAAAAGCUCGUUUUUUUGAGUCAGAUCUUGAAAAAAAUAGUGCUUGAAAACUAAGUUUGCAGUUUUGAUUUCAAUGAGAAAAAAAUGUUUUUGAACUUUAAAUUUGGAUUACUCAAUAGUUUUUUUCUUGCAAAGAAAAAAAAUUUUUCCGCACUUAAUGAAACUUUGAGAGCUUCUCGGUUUCAGAUCAUUGAUAAAAAUUUUUUUCGACUUCUGCCUUCAAAAAAAUUUUUUUAACCCGUCAGAGUUUUUAAAUAUAUUAUUCCAAUGAAGAAAAAUGAGGUUUCUGGCGUCUCCAAGGCAAAGUAACUUCACUGAAACUCGUUUUUGAGCACCUGAUUCCAGGCUUAGGUACUAGAUUUUCGGAAUCGUUUUGUCCCAAAUCUUAAGUUUACUUGUGGAAUAGUUGUUUUCAAAAAAAGAAUCGAUCAAACUCAAAAAUAAUCUUUCAGGCUGAGAUCGUUGACGAAACUGACGCCGUCAUUGACAACGUCCACAGGAAGAAACGCUGCGGACGCAAGGUCUUUCUUUUCUUUUUUAAAAGCAAUUCGCCCAUAAAUGGAACUGAAUUUUCGGAGUUUCGAGUAUGACGCCCGCGGGGUCUCAACUCGAGAAGGGAAGAGCAUGCUCGUCUUUGCAUUCAUAUUCCUCGAGGGCAAGCCAAAAGCUCAAGCGCAAAGGGGAGGACUCCUCGAGAUGAGCGUCCCCCGUGGCUAAAGCUUGUGAUUCGCACGGCCGUUGUUGUUUUGCGAGAGCAAUUUUUUUUUCUCGACAAAAAGUCCUGCUCCGUUAUUCUUAUUUUCCUGACCAAAAAUGUUGAAGCCACCACCUCCAAACAUGAACCGGUCGAACCGAGAAACUUCUUGUUAUUCUAUUCGCGACGUUUCUGUUGCGGGCUCUUUGCCACGAGCUCGACCUUACAGAGUCAACCUAGAUUCGACCUGGUGCCGCUAUUUUGUCUCUUUAUUAAUGCUUAUCGUUUUCACUUCCUCAGGCAUGUACCUUGCAAUAUUCAUGAAGUCAAACAACGCGUGAAGGUAAUCGUUUAUUCAAUAGAAAGACUAAUUUUCGACUCAUGUUUCUACGAUUCUAGCAAAGGUCUUAAAAGAGAAGUUCAGUUAAAAAAGUUAUGCUAAAAUUCAAAAAAAAAAAUCCGACAAUGAUACUUUUUGCAAAGAGGCGCCCACUUUAUGUCACAAACACUUGCUCUUUGAUACAUCAAAGUCGAGAGUGUUGUAAUCAAAGCGAGAGAUCCUCUUUUCUCAUCGGAUUGAUCAAAUCUCGUCGCUUUAAAACAACGUCAUUUUCUGCCUCACGAAAUGCUAAACUUGCUGUUUUGAGCAACAAUCAAGAGAUGCGGCCUACCGCGCGUGAAAACUUCAUUUGGGCUCUUCGUUAGUUCUCAAAAACAAGACGCUUUCUUGACUUCCGCCAAGGCGAAAAAACCUGCGUGUUAGAAGCUUAAAAAAGGUGGUUAUGUCUAUAAAGUGAUCAGACUUUGUUUUGAGCAUUAAAAUUGUACUGAUCAUGUUUUCUCUAAACUGAAAUUCUCUUUGAAAGUCUCCAAAUUCUCUCGGAAAGACCGAUAGCUGAGAGUUUUUUAUGUCCAGCUCUUACUUUUAACAACCUCGGAAGGCUUUACCCGUCUCAGAAAGACUCAAUUCGAAACCUUCAAAGGCGCUAGAAGUUUUCAUGAACCAGGAAAAAAAAAGCAAAUGACAUUCUAAUUCGAUUUGCGACAGAUUUACUUCAUUAAUUCAAAACGACUUGAAGAUUUUAAAGUAGUUAAUUUUGAAAGCACUUCAUUUUGUCCCUGGGAACGUCAGCGUCCCUUUGGCGUUUCCAAGAAAUAUGAAUAAACAGGAAAACAGAUAUGAAGAAUAAUUUUCUUUCAGUCGCGAGACAUGUCGGCGUUGAUCAACCCAAAGAACCCUUCGUGCGUGGUCAGCGGCCAGAUGCAGAUAGUGGCGAUGCAGUGGCUCAUCAACAUCCAUCCAAUAUUUGGUCCUGACUAUCUAACGCCGUCCAUCUUGGAGAAACUCAUUCUUCAAGGCUGCCGCAAGGUUUGUUGUCUGGUUGAAUAGGCUAAGUCGGAAAGGUGGAAAAAGAAUCUAUAGAAAUGUUCAUUUUUGCUGCCUUUUUGAGCCAUUUUUGGUGCCUCUCUCAUCUUCCUCCUUUUCCUUGAGCCUUCAAAGUUCUAAAAAAAAACAAUAGGCUCAAUAAAGUGACUCUUUUUGCUGCCUUUCUGCGACUUUUUUCGAGCCUCUCCCUUUUAGCGUACAUUAUCCACUAUUCCGAUUAUUCCGGAUUUGACUCUAUUUUACUAAUCGAACCCACUAAAAAUUCCAUCUUGCAUUCGAAAAAAAUCCUAUCACAUAAACCAUUAAAUUCUUCAAAGUUCAAAAUAUGUACAACAUAAACUUAAAAAGUUUAUAGAACCGAAAAGUGUCAGAUUUCGAAAAUUCAAAAAAUCAGAAAAACCAUUUCUGCGCGACCAAAACAUCUGCUUCACAGGUCGAGACUUCUCUUCUGACGGACGUUUCCGAGCCAAACUUCGUACUUCCCAGGGCUGCAAAGCUUUUCACAAAAGGAGAGUACAGUGACAAAUUUGUCCUGAUUCUCGAAGGACGAGCUUUGAUAACUGUCGGACAGGUAUGAAAGGAUUUUUUUUCUAAACCUUGAAGUUGACCUCAGGACGGCAUGAACUUCGAGGCCGGUCCGUGGGACAUUCUCGGCCGAGAGAUGCUUGACGGACUCGCCAAGUCCUGCGAGGACGACGACGGAAAUAUCAAUCGCUCGUGCUCGUCUUUGCCUACCGACCGUCCCAGACAGGUUUAAAUUUUUUUAAGAAAAAAAGCUUGGUUUCUAUUUUUUUCAUGAGAAAUUCCAAACUGAAGCGUUUCUUUAACAUCGGAAGCCCUAAAAAUUUUUUUUAUAGUGAAACUGUAAUGUUAUAUGUAUAUUAAGCUCGUUUAAAUUCGCAAGGUCAUCGUCGCAUUAAUUUGGCGGUUGAUUUGAGAUGCCAGAAACUAGAAAACCAGCGCAUUGAAACAUUGGGAAGUAUUAGAAAAAAAGCUGUAGAAUGAAGUCAAAUUUCAUCGCAGUGGGACAAGGCCUAUUGAAAAAAAAACCCUCGAAAAAAACCCUUCCUAUUGAGAAAAACUAAAAAACUUACAGCUCCUUGGAUUUGUGUCCGACUUCACCGCGGUGAUCCGUCAGUCGUGCACUUUCGUCGAAAUCCACGCCAACGACUGGCUUCUCGCUUACAAAUCCACUUUACUCGUUCGCAGGUAUGUUUAAAAAAGGAAAAAAAAAACAUAGAUUACACAAACAAAGAUAUAAUUUACCAUUGUGUGCUUUUUUGCAGUUUCGUUGUGCUGCUCACGUUUUGAGGGAUUUAAUGUUGUGUGGUGAAGGUUUUUCUCAUUCCUUUUUGCGAUCCUUAUUCCUGUCAGGAAAAAGAGAAGCUUCAACAAAAUUCAAUUUUUGAAAUCCGUUGUGUAAUUGCCUUUUAAGGCUUUUUAGCAGGUUUGAUCACGUGGAAGAGAAAAGUUCGAGUCUUCGUCGUGGCUACAGCUGCCCCGGCACUUUCCCUUUGGACCUGUAGUGUUUUUGAACCUAUCCUUGGUAAAUCCUUUGCACGCUUAUCCGCUUGAUAUUUUUUUUCUUGAGCAUGUGAUAUUCUUACACACAGUAACGUGAGAAAAGUUCAAAAAACGGGGUUUUGUUCAAAACUUUUUUGUGAGGAUUUCAAUCUUCCUGGAAGUUUCUGAAGCUGAUUUUUUUUCUGUUAACUGAAACUUAUCAGAGUGUUCAACAUAUCAGUCAUUACAACUACAGAAAGUUUCAGAAAGAUUGAAUUCGUUACAAAAAAAGAUGUGACCGGAACAUCGUUUUUUCGUAUCUUUUCGGAUAGACAGAAUGAAAAAGCAGCUGAAACGGUGAAGUUGAGUUUUCUUGGAAGCUUUGGAAAUCGGUAAGCACCUGGAGUAUGUUUUAAUACUAAAACGUUCAGGUCAAAAAUUUUGUAUUACUCGUAAUCAGUGAGCUUCAAGUCUCAAUUUAGCAAAUUUAUAAUUUUUUCGACCUACUGUCUGAAAUCCUCCCUUUGCUUGCAUUCUUUGUUUUCGGCUUUUUUACACCUCCACCCAUUCUCCGUGCGACCAUGCUUGAUUAAUAUGACAUCUUUUUGACAAAUAACGUUUCUUGCAUGAAUCAGUAACUGUCCAACGUCCUGUGCUGCUUAUAAAAAUACUGCUUGUAUUUAAUUUUCAAGUUCUUGUUCGUGAAAAAAGAAGACAUGCAAACUCAAAAAAGCAGUAAUCUGAAGAAAAUGAGCUUCUACUAACGGUUUUGUUUCAAAUAAAUGAACGAACCUAUCUUUUAUUCUUGCUCUAUUUUUCUACUAUAUCUUCCAGAAGGCCAUAUAUUUUUUUCUUGAAGCAAUCAAUACAAAGGGGUUUUUGCUUUUUCAAAUACAUAAUUUUUCAUGUUUUUCAAGGUGAAAAAAAUAAUUUUUCAAAUCUGAAAAAAAAUUUCAUUUUUCUGGUCUUCUAUAUGUUUUUUUCAAAUAUGUGUCAUUAUAGUUUUCAAUGAUAAUCAUUCAUAAUAAUUUAUUUCAGAAACAGCUUGGACGAUAAAGGGCCCAAAUCAACUAAUCGCACAAUUUCACACAACAAUCUUCAUGACACCAAGGAUACUUUUUUUGAAAUCUCCACAGGUUUGAAACUUGUUUUUUUCAAGGAAUCAAGAAAAAUUUUUAUAGGAAUAGGUUUUUAAAAAAAAUAGGAAUAAUUUGGAACUGCUGCAAUUUUUUUAAAAUCAGCACUUUCGUUGCAGAUUUGAGAUGUUUGCAAUAAGCUUGAUAAGUUUCAUUUUGAAACAGGGAACUAAUAAGCAUGCAGUUAACAGCUCCAAGUGAACAUAUAAUCAGAAAUGUACACAGCUAUAAGUUGCACCGUACACUUUUAAGCACCGUUUGGCUCGUUGGAAAAGAAGAGGCACAUUUGUGUAAUGGUAAGCGUAGUGCUCAGUAAUUUUGUGACAGGUCUUUUUUCCAUGGAUGUAAUUUUUUGAAUCAAUAUGUGCUCCGUUUUUCACGAUUUGAAAAGCCAAGAAAAGUCACAUAAUUAGAGGAAUUUACUGUUUUGUAAUGAGAAAAUAAUUUCCCGCUCUGUGGUUUUAUAUCGCUUUUCAAAACGUGGAAACUUGAAUAAAUGGUUCUCGAAAACCAAACUUUGAAAAUGCUUGGCUUGAAUUUUGUCUUCUGUUGUGUCAAAAUAUUUUUUUGAACUUCACAAAAUAUAUCAUCCUGAUUGGAUGGCUAAAAAUGGAAAACACCAAAACUUGGUUAUAGAACUGCAUGGGGCCUUUUUGUGUCAACUAAACUCAAUUUUGAGCAAAGUUUAUGACAGCCUUGUUUUUGUCGUGAGCGUUAAAAAUCACAGAAAAACACCUGGAAAGUGCUUUUUGAACCUGUUCAGAAUCUGAUGUAAAUUUUUAUUACAACAGCUCGAUAAGAUAUCUCAAAGCCAAGCAGUGUUCAAAACAUGGAAGAAGCUUGGAAAAUUGCACUUUUUGCUUUGCUAUGUGGCUUUGAAAUAUCCAAAAAGCGGUUGUAACAUGAAUAUGAAUAAAUGAACUUUCAUGGUGUCGAAUAUUCUUUCAAUUGCUGGAACUCGAUUUGCAGUAUCGCUCGCCGAAAAGAAACGGGAAGCCGCGUUCCUGCAGUGA